AUGGGAUCCUCGCCUAACCAGCCACCCAAGUUCGGUGAACACCCUGCGGUCAUGUCCAGCGCAUCCACGGAACUUGAAGCCACAAGUCAAGCCCUGGACCAAAACACGCAAACUUCCAUUGAAAUCGGCAACCAGAUAGAGGCCGCCCAGGCGCUGACCAUCCAACUCCUCGCGUCCGGCUUCGACGUUAACCGCCACGAUCAGCUGAAGCCUCCCCCCAACGACAACGUCGCCAUUGCCGUGUCCCGUUUCUCACGCGCCGUAGACACCUACAUUUGUGCCAACCUCCACGGAAAGGACCAAGAGGCCAAGGUGCAAUUCCUCGACAUGCUACUCAUCGAGCUCGAGCGUGGCAGCGAGGUCCUCGCGGAACGCCGGGAGUGCAGUGGCAUCAAGAAGUUCUUGACUGCCGCAGUCCAGAGACAACUCGAUGAGGUCAGGAAGGAAGCCGCGGAACUGAAGAAUGUGGUCGCCAAUCGCGACGAGGAGAUCGGAUACCUCAUUCAGGGGAACGCGCACAUGGUCGAUGAGAUUAUGAUGUGGGAGAUGGGCAAGGUUGACAUGGAGUGGCAUAUGAAAACUCUGGAGGGGGACAAGAAGAAGAUGAAGGCUGAGUUGGAGGCUGCGCAGAAGGAUGCUGCUAAGGCGAAGAAGGAGUUGGGGCUGUUGGGAGUCGCGCAGAAGAAGAACUUGUCUGCCGCCAACAAGGCUCGGGUUGAGGCUGCCAAGAAGUCUGAACGCCUGGAGGCCGAGGCUGAGACACUGCGGAAGGAGAACAAAAGACUUGAGGCGAAAGUAGCGACUGGUGCGAAGCGUAGUGGCACACAGCCGGACCAAGUACACGAUGAAUUGAUCACGCAGAAGGUCGCCCUUCAGCGGGUAGCCAGAGAUUUGAAGCGGGAGAAUGAGGCGAUGAUGAAAAAACUCCAGGAACUCAAGACCAAGGAGCAAGAGAAAGAUUACGAGAUCUUGUAUCUGAAGGACGAUCUCUCGAACAUAAAUAAGGAGAAGAAUGUGCAGAUCGAGCUGCUGAAGAAGAACGUCGUGAAAAAGGCCAAAGAGAAAGAUACCCAGACUGAGCGCCUGAAGCAAGAAUCGGCAAUCACGACUCAGGAUCUCGAAGCUAACGUCACCCAUCUGCAGACCAACGUCGCUGUCCAGGAGGGAAUGGAACCGAAUGCCAAUCUCCAAGCCUGUAAGUAUCAGCAGGACAACCACGACCAGCGACUACGAAUCAUUGACUUCCAAAACAAACUUGCACAAACCAACGAUCAGCUCUCUCAGACACAGGAUGCAAAUAAACGCUUGCUCGGAGAUCUAGAUGCUGCCCAAGGACGUUGUGCUCAAGGCGAAGAGGAGAGCCAUCAUCUGCAAACUCAACUGGAGGACUCGCAUCAAGAAAUCAAGGAGCUUCGACAAAAACUUCUCGUCGGCACCGUCAGACCUUCCCGAAGUCCCUCGCCCUCCGAGGGCAGAGGGUGCAAACUACAGCAACGCCGCCACGCUUCUAAUCCUAUCGCUGGCAUAGAUUCACUUAAGGACAAAGAGCUGAUUGAAGAACUCGAGACACGAUUGGCUGUCGCGGAGGAGUGCGAGACGGGACUGCAAUUCUGGAUCCGUGGGUUUUGUCAAAGCGCGUUGCUGGAGAAGAAGUCGUUGCUGGGAAAACUCGAGGCAAAGGCUGGUGAAGUGGCUGUUCUCCAGGAGAAGAAUGCGCAGUUGUCGCUAACCCGCGAGGGCGAGCUUGGUGAGAUGGGAAAGAGGUAUGAGGCUGCGAUGGGUGUUAUUGUGGAUUUGGGGGGACAGCUGAACCAUGCUUCGGAGAAGAUCUCGUUGUUGGAGGCCAAAAUGAAGAAUUGA